AUGGCUUCAAAGUCUUAUUUUGAAAUAGUCUUUAUAUUAGGCUUUGCUCUUGUGUGUACUAAUGCUAAGGACAAGGUCUUCAAUGUGCUUCUCUAUGGUGCUAAAGGAGAUAGAGUGACAGAUAAUAGUAAGGCGUUUUUGAAUGCUUGGACGGAUGCAUGCAAAUGGAAUGGAAAAGCCACAUUAUUGAUACCUUCAGGGGUAUACAUGGUAUAUGGUGCAAUCUUUGUUGGACCAUGCAAAGGAUCGGCCUUGGCCGUCCAAAUCAAAGGGGUUAUUAGAGCUCCAACAGAUCCUAAAAUAUUCUGCAAUUCUUCUUGGAUUACUUUUCAAUAUUUGAAUAAUUUAGAGAUUGAAGGAGGCGGCACUUUAGAUGGACAAGGAGCUUCUGCUUGGGGAAAGCAAAAAUGUGUCCGUCCUUCCACACUCACAUUUAAUUUUGUCAAAAAUGCGGUUGUGCACGACAUACACUCAAAAAAUAGCAAGAGUUUCCAUUUCAACCUCUUUAGUUGCAACAACAUGACAUUUAGUCAUGUUAGCAUAAAGGCACCAGGCAACAGCCCUAACACCGAUGGCAUUCACAUGGGCUUCUCCACCAACAUAAAAGUCUUGGAUUCCAACAUUGCCACCGGAGACGAUUGUAUAUCUAUGAUCUCUGGCAGCAAAAACAUCAACAUUUCAGGGGUGACUUGUGGCCCUGGCCAUGGAAUAAGCAUCGGUAGCUUAGGACUUUCACGAAAUGAAGUUGUGAAGAACAUACAUGUCAAAAAUUGCACUCUCAUCGCUACUCAAAAUGGGGCGAGGAUUAAGACUUGGGCACCAUCGAGUGCUGGUAGCGUUACAACUAUAACUUUCGAGGAUAUUAUCAUGAAAAAAGUUUGGAAUCCCAUAUUUAUUGACCAACAUUAUUGUCCGACGCAUAAUUGCAGCAGGAAGGUAAGCUCUGUGCAAAUCAAGGAUGUGACAUUCAAUAACAUAAGGGGAACUUCAAAUUCAGUGGCAGCAGUUACUUUUGAUUGCAGUGCUUCAUUUCCUUGUCGGGAAAUCCACCUUAAUGAUAUCAACUUGGCUUACAAUGGUCAUGGACAUGUGAUCUCGUCGUGUGCUAACGCCAAAGGGAAGGCUACUGGCAAAGAGUCGCCUCCAAGUUGUUUAAAGUCUUCUCUUAAUUCAUGAACUUAGGAUUACUAAAACUAAAUGAUAUGUUGUUACUGAAGAGUCACAAAAAAAAAAAAUGCUCGAUAAUUUCUUGUAGAAUGAUAAUAUGAAUAACGAGUUCAAGUUUCUUUUACCUUGGAUAAGUAUCCUAUUAGUUGGUCAAAGAAAAACUUCUCUUUCUGUGUGAUUGUGAACUUCUCCAGUUAAAAAUAUUUGAUCAAUUUAU